AUGGCUACCUCGAUGCAAUUCGGCCCCGAAUGGAUGCGCAAGGCUCCGGUCAAGAACAACUCGUCGAACAGCAUCGGCAAGGACCCCUCGUCCCCCGCAGGUGCAGCUUCCUCUGGCCGCAGCGAGAACGGCGCGACCCCAACUGGUGGCCCCGCAGCGACGGGCAAGCGAAACGGAGCCAUGGGUGGCGGCCUAGGCGCCGUCCUCAAUGGCCCUACGCCGGUGACGAGCCCCACGGUCACCUCGCCCGGCGCCUUCUCCUUUGCUGCUGCAGCAGGAGGCGCCGCGUCGGCAGCGGCGGCGGGCUCCCAUCAGCAUCAGGCUUUCGGCGGCAGCUCGCAGGACGGGGAUAGCGUCGCUUCGUCGGCCUUGUCCAACGGCGCGGCUUCGGCCAAAGAUCGGCAGUCGCGCGAAAAGCUGCUGAGCCUGUACAGCACCGACCGGCCCGCCAAGCCUGCGCAGAGCGAGGCCAGUCCUCUCGAGGGCGGUGCGGGCACGGACAAAGCGGGUUCGGCCGGACGUAAAAAGACCGGCGCCGAUCGGGAGCAGCGACGUCCCUCGAACUUUGCAGAGCUGGGCGCCGGGGCCGGUCCGUUGUCCCCCAGCUUGGGUGGCGAGCCUCGCGGAAUCAAUGCUCGCUCAACCUCUGGCGGAUCCUCCGGCGGCUUUGGAUCUGCGGGCACCUCGAACUGGGAUCGGGCCGACAAAGAGAGGCCGGGCCUCUUUCAGCGUGCUUCGAGCAGUGCCCUCACCUCGACCGUCGCUGCUGGCCGCCCGCUUUCGCCAUCCAUACCGCGCGAGCGCUUCGGCGGCAUCCAGGGCGGCGUGCUCUCGGGUGUCGGACCCCAGAGUCGGAAGAGAAUGGACAGCGACAAUGGCUCUACGGCCGGCUCUCGCGGAGGUGCUAAAUCCGGGUCCGAGGAUGUCACUUCGCCGUCGCAAGGCUCAGCACAGGCCAGUCGCGGCAGCGCUGGCUUCGCGGAAGCCUUCAGCUCCAACAAGGCCCGGGGCAAGGCUGGUGUCGGGGAGGGCACAGGCCAGGCGGUCCAAGAGCCCGAGGGCAACGAGGGUGGCGCACCUUCCGCCAGGUUCGGCCGCACCAGGGAUCGACAACCCGGCGAAGGACCGAUCGGGCCUCCGGCCGAUGGCAGUGCCGGCUUCAACAAGUUCGCCGGUUACGACCGCAAGAGAGAACGGCAGGCCAGCCACUUCAAGGCCGGCACGGUCCCGGGCGACGCCGAGGCCAACGGGACGGGCCACGGCGACGCCGACGGACGCAACGAACAGCACGGACGCGCCGAACGUAGAGGAUCUGCCGAGGAUCACGGCAGGGGCGCCCUCUCUUCUACCAAUGCCCACGACACGAGCAUGGACUCAGACCUCGCGCAGCACGCUACCGCAGUCCUCGGCUCGCUCAAGCUGGACGAGGACGAUCCAUCGGCUCAGAUGCUCCCGCCGAACCCGGAACAGCCGACCCCGCCGACUUGGUCUGCCGACACGGCCCUAUGGCUGUACCGAGACCCGUCGGGCCAGGUGCAAGGUCCCUUCACGGCCGUCGUCAUGCAGGACUGGUACCGCCAGAGCUACUUCUCCGACGAUCUCCUGGUCCGUAGGCAGGAGGAUGACGAAUUCCGCCCACUGGUGCAGGUCAUCGCAGCCAUCGGCAACGCGCUCCAGCCUUUCCUGGUCCCACCGCACAGCUGGCUGCAGCCUCCCGACGCCUUCAAGAACGCGCAAGGCCAACCGGACACCCGGAGGAGCUCGCUCGUCAGCCCUCCUGGCAGCGGCGACGAUGCCGCCUCCGACAGCCGGAUCGACCAAGACCACGAUGCUUCCCGCUUCGCUGUCUCCGGCCAGGUGGACUCGCUGGGCGGCGGCGGCGGCGGCGGCGCUGGCUGGAACGGUGCGUCGCAGAACCAGCAGCAGUGGCCUUCACAGCUCAACCUGGGCUUUGGCACGACGACUCCGCAGCCGAUGUCGCCGUUUGGGCGACCGGACAUGUUUGCAGGCCAGGGUGCCGGCCUCGACAACCGCUUCCGGACCCAGGAAGAGCUCGUCGCCUUGAUCCGAGAGCGCGAGCUGCAGGAGCAGAGGCAGGCCGCCGCCGCCGCUGCUGCUCGCGGUCAGAACCUUGGGUACGGACAGCUGGACCCCUUCAUGGGAGUCCUUGGCCGUGGCGGCUGGGAUGCUCCGGGCGCAGCCAGCUGGGCCCCGCACGGAGGGCUGCCGUCUUUCGAUCCCGCCUUUACCGGCCACCCGAGCCCCCUGAUGGCCGAGCGCCAGGCGUUCGAGGCCUUCCACCAGCGAGGCGGCGCUGGUCCCGACCAAGGCGGAGCGUGGGCCAAGGGGCCCUCGACGCCGCGCUCCCACUUUGACCAGCCGAAUCCGUUCAACAACCGGCCCGGCCAGUGGGACGCCCAGGGCGCCUGGAGCAGCCAGGGCAACAUGACGCCCGAGGCCUUGAACCGCCAGGCGCACGACUUUCAGGAGGGAGGCUUUCGUCACGAAAGCGCCAAGCCAUUCAGCGACCCCAUCGGCACUCCGCGACGCGCACGGUCACCUGCGGCGCCCAGCCCGGCCCUCGAGCAAAAGUCCGAUGCAUUUGAAGACAGGCGCGAAGAGUCUGCUACGACCACGGCCGUAGAGCCAAUCCCGGAGGCCGAUGGGCUUCGCGAUAGUGCGCAAGCUCAAGCCGCCACCCCCAAGGAAGUAGAAGCCCAGGCGCAAGAGGAGGCACACCCCGCAAAGGAGCCCGAGGUCAAGGCAACCGAGCCGAAGUCCGCCGAGCCGCCAAAGGCUGAGGUCGAGGCUGCACCGGCCCCCACGGCAGUGGAGGAGCCGGGUCCGGAGCAGCUGUGGCCUCAGAGCCCUUCGGCUGUCGAAUUCGCCUCCGAGCCGGACCUCUCGUCGAUGCCCGGGCUUACCCUCCCCAGCAAGGCUCCCACUUCAGUCGCCGCUACCACCGAUGCGCGCCGCACAGCCAACCGUUCCGACACCAAGGGCGAGGCUGCAAAGCGGCCCACUACCCGUCAGCAGCAGGCGGCGGCGGCGGCGGCGACAGCCACGUCCGGCAACGUCCGGGUCGUCUCCCAGGAGCAGUUCCGCCGUGCCCCGGAGGAGGAGAGCGCCAGUCUCAAUCAGGUGCCGCUCUCUGCAUGGCUGCCGGAUGCGGCCGGCGAAUCGUCGACGCCGACGUCGAAGCCCGCCCCAUGGGCCUCGCGUGACGACGCCUCCUCGUCGGGCACUCCCGGACCCAGUCUGCGCGAAAUCCAAGAGGCCGAGGCCAAGCGGGCCGAGGCCCGGAAGGCUGCCGAGCGGGCGGCCGCCGCCCAGCCCGGCUUCGGCGGCGGCGGGUUCGCCGGCGCCCUCGACGCCCACACGCGCCACCUCGCAGCCCCUACGUCCGGCAGCGUCGGCAGCGCGCUCAAGCCCAAGCCUGCGCCCGCCGCCGCCCCCGCCUUCAACGACAUCAACUCGCCCAGUCCCGAGUUCGUGCGCUACCUCAAGGACAACCUCAAGGGCCUGACGAUCCGGGUCGACGACUUUAUCGAGAUGCUGAUGUCGUUCCCGCUGGACCCAUCGCCGGACGUCAUCGAGAUCAUCGCCGAGAGCGUCUACGCCAACAGCAGCACGCUCGACGGACGCCGGUUCGCCGCCGACUUUGUGUCGAAGCGCAAGAUGGACGUCCAGGGCCGGCAGCAGCACCCGUACUCGUCGUCUUCGUCGGUGUCGUCGGGCGGCGGCGCAUCGUCGGCCUCGACGCCGUUCCAGUCCAAGUGGUCGUCGGCCGGCAGCUCGGGCGGCAUGGGCACCUUUGGAAGCGGCGCGGCAGGCUUCGGUGGCGGUAGCGGCAGCAGCGGCGGCGGCAUUGGCGGACGCAGCAGCGGCGGCGCCACGUCGCCGCAGAUGGCGCGAAGCGCCGCCGACGUCAUGAAGGGCCCGGGCUCGGCCAAGGCGGGCGUCGACAGCUUCGGCGGCUUCAAGGUGGUCAAGGCCAAGGGCAGCAAGAAGCGCGCCAACUGA